AUGGCGUCAUCAUCGUCACAAAGAAAACCGUUUAGAAUCGCCAUCAUCGGCGGGGGUAUUGCGGGUCUGUUUGCCGCGCUCUCCAUCCACCACCACUGCUGUCGUCAUGCUACCACCAAUGGCGAUAAUAACAAUAAUAAUCACAUCCAGCCCGAUAUCGACAUCGACAUCGACAUCGAUGUCUACGAGCAGGCUGCCGAGUACAAAGAGAUAGGCGCCGGCCUGGGCCUCGCCGUCAACGCGGCCAAGCUGCUCGACCGCAUCGGCCUAUUCGACGACGCGCGCGCCAUCGCGGGCUUCCGGAACAAUGUCUGGAUCUCGUUCCGGAGGUACGACGACAGCAGCGAGAUCUGCACCGUGCCGCUCAAGGAUGAGACUGCUCGCCGGAUGCAGUUGUCGGUCCAUCGGGCGGAGUUUUUGGAGAUUCUUGUCCGGGCGAUCCGUGACAGGAAGGCUGCUACCUUGCAUACGAAUAAGAAGUGUGUUGGGUUGGAGGAUCUUGGUGACUUGAUGAAAGUGACCUUUGUGGAUGGAACCACGACAACGGCGAACCUGGUCAUUGGGGCCGAUGGGAUCCAUUCCAACGUGCGAUCGCAUUAUAUCGGCGACAAUGCUCAAUACGGUAAUAUGAUCGUCUACCGUGGCCUGUGUCCCAUGUCCGAGGUGCAAGGGUGGUGGCCCUUCGACACGUAUUCCGUCAGCUGGCUGGCCCCUGGGAAGCAUGUCCUGGUCUACCCCAUCAGCAGCAACAAGAUCCUGAACAUCGUUGCCUUCGUCACCACCAAGAAGGAGGACCUGGGCGAUACAGUCCAGGAGAGCUGGACGAUGGCCGGCGACAAGGACUCCGUCCGGCGCGACUUUAGCGAGUUUGACACGCCUGUCCAGCGCGUCAUCGAGCUGAUGGAUACGCAGCCGCAAAAGUGGAUUCUCUACGACCGUCAGCCAUUCAAGAAAUGGGUGUUUGCGGGCGGCAAGGUUGCGCUGUUGGGAGACGCAGCUCAUGCGAUGCUCCCUCAUCAGGGAGCCGGAGCUGGCCAGGCCGUGGAAGACGGCUACAUCCUCAGCAGAACCCUUCACGACUUUCUCUCAACCAGAUCAACGAGCAGUCGUUCUCAGGAGGACUGGCUGCAGAUCUACCAGUCGGUUCGACUGCCGCGCGCAGAAAAAGUCCAGGCCACCUCUCGACAGGCUGGAGAGCUGUACGAGAUGGAGGCGCCGGAACUCAAAGGACUGCCUUAUGACGAGUGUGUUCCUAUCGUAAGGAGCAAGAUUCAGGAUCGCAUGAACUGGAUCUGGUCGGAAGAUAUUGAUCAGGCGUACGAGAAGGCAAGGGGCUGGAGGUCCAAGAUGUAG